AUAAUUUAGUUAUGGAUUUAUCUAUUAAGUAUUAAAUAAUAUGACAUUUCUACAAUUUAGAAUUGUAUUGUAGUGGAAUUUAGUAAUUCUUUCUUUACAUAAUAUCCACUAAAUUAUAAUUAUAAGUCUGCUUAGUUUUGUAUUUAUUUGAAAAGUAUUGAAUUAUUCAUGUUAUAACAUGCUUACCAACCAUUAACAAAUAUUUUUAUCAAGAUCUUGAAGUUUGGAGUUGAAACUUAAAACAAUACACAAAAUGCAACCUACAAAACAUGAAGUGAACAACAACUGUAUGUCAUGUAGAAUCACUGGUUCUACUGCAUUUGCAAUGGUGGCUGUUUUCUUUUAUAUUGGAUGCAAACAUAACAAACCAGUAUAUUAUAUUGGUACACCAAGUAUGGUAGCUCUAUCUAUAGCAAGGGGCUUAAAUUUGCCUCCAUUCAAAAGUUGGAACUUUAAAAAAUAAUUGUUAAUUUUGAUAUGCGCUGUGUGUGCCAAUGCCACCACUCCAAAAGUGAUAAGACGGUCCAGAAAAGAGUUCAAUGGAUGGCGGCCAACGAUUGACCUAGUUAGUACAGGUUGCAACAGCUCAAAAGCUAUACAGUGUUUUUGUUGUUGACCCAUGUCACCAUACAUUUUCUGUAACGCUUCCUAGUCACUUUAAAGAAGUUAUGGUAGCUGACGGGGAUUUGACUGACAAGCCACAUCUAGCCAUGGGGUAAAGUGAAGAAUUUGAAUAUUAUAGAUUUUAAUUAAUAUAGCUUGUUAAGGAAUCUGUAUCACGUAUGAUUUGAUUAGUUUCUUUAUGUGUUUUCCCGGUGACGACAAUAAGCAGAGAAUAAGUUCAGUAUAAUUAAACUAGAACCAAUAGAUAAGCAUAAGCCAUACCAAGUACUUUAGAUUAGAGUAAUCUAGGUAUGUCUAGUAUUUGGCCUUAAUGGGCUUAAUCCAUAAUAAAUAAUAAUCCAUAAUUCAGCCAUUCAAUCCGUUUGAAUAUUGCUAUCAUACUUCAUAGUAAACAGUAAUUAGUAUCACUUUCGGGGCGGCCUAUCAUCGAGUGUCGACGUUUCUACCGCUUAGGACAAACGACCAACGGGAUGCACCGUCGUCUCGACCAACACUACCUCCACAAGCUUAUCAGUAAACACGGUCCGUGUCCAUUAACGAGAUUACAUAGUAUAAUAUAUACACCAUAUUUUAGUUCCCUUCAUAAUAAUAAUAUUACAAUAUUAUCUGUUGUAAUAUUGUUUUCAAUUGUGUCUCGUCCUUCAUUCCAAUAAAAUUAAUACGACAUUUCCGUUGCAUAUUGCGUGCAUAACGUUGUGAUAGCUUUGCUGUGCGCCGAAGACAACAGCCGAGCCAUAACAUGUAGACCCGUAUUUGAUCAGCCGUCGUCGUGAGCGUCGCAAACAUGGGCCCGGCCACCGCUCGACAAUGAAUGGGUUUUAUCGCGCCGGAUAACGAUAAUUAUGUGACGGUCGACGAUUACCUAGAAUCCGACAGCGGCCUAUUGGCUAGUAUGAACUCGUUAACCGACGGUUAUGGUUCGUGUAUGAUGUCCAUGAACUUGGACGGUGGCUGUAAGGAACAGCUUAAGACACAAUUCGCUACCAGAGAAGGGGUCUACAAGCUGCUAACGUUGGCCACCUAUUCUCGUCCUAACCGCAUUGGCUACAACGCUCAGAGCAACACUUCUGUGCACGUAUCUUUCGUUAGCUAUGCUGACUCCAACGGCAAUGAUGACCGGAUAUGUUUUAAUAUCGGACGAGAGUUAUUUGUCUUCUACUACAAAGGGACCAAAAAGGGAGCAGAUUUGACUAAACCUGUAGAUAAAAAGCUUUACAAAGGAAUAAGUCCUACAUGUCAUGAUUUUAAUUCUGUUGCUACCACAGAAGAUUCACUUCCAUUGAUUGUGGGUUUUUCAACAGGAUUAAUACAGUUGAUAGAUCCUGUUAGAAAGGAUGUUAGCAUACUUUUUAAUGAAGAGAAAUUGAUUGACAAAACAAAAGUGACUUGUGUUCGAUGGGUGCCAAAAUCAAAACACCUCUUCCUUGUAUCACAUAUGAGCGGUCAACUAUAUUUGUAUAAUGAAACGUUUACUUGUGGUACAUCAGUUCCCAGCUACCAACAAGUAAAAUCCGGGGAAGGGUACACAGUGUAUGUAUGCAAAACUAAGAGCUCACGAAAUCCAAUGUAUCGAUGGGUAAUUGGUUGUGACGGCAGUUGUAUCAAUGAGUUUGAAUUUUCUCCUUGUGGCCUGUAUUUGGCAGUGGUUUCUCAGGAUGGAUUUCUCAGGGUAUUUGAUUAUGAAAAAAUGGACUUGGUCGGCAUUGCUCGAAGUUAUUUCGGCGGAUUCCUUUGUGUUUGUUGGUCUCCAGAUAGCAGAUACAUUGUUGUUGGCGGAGAAGACGAUUUAGUUACUGUUUAUAGUAUUGCCGAACAAAGAGUUGUGGCACGUGGUCAAGGGCACCAUAGCUGGGUAAGUGUGGUCGCCUUUGACCCGUACACCACUAGGUCCGCAUCGAUUGAACCAUGUCUGCCAGCCUGUUAUAGACUCGGCUCUGUUGGUCAUGACACUCAGAUAUGUUUGUGGGAUAUAACUGACGAUAUUUUAAACCACGUCACAUUAGUACCUCCAACUCCUGCAACACCUAAAUUACAAAACGGUGUUGUUAAUAAUGCAAAGCACAAUGGUAACUCUAAUUUUGUACAAAAACCGACUCAAGACCCAAUGCAAUUAAUUGGUACUGCUGCUUGUCCUCGUUUCGAUCAGUGUCCACGUCUUGAGCCGUUAGUGUGCAAAAAGAUUGCACACGACCGUUUGACAGCACUCGUCUUUCGCGAAGACUGUUUUGUCGCAGCUUGUCAAAAUGGAUACGUAUACACUUGGGCACGACCUGGCACAAUUACAAACGUUAACGCCCAUUUGGUAUCCGACCCUACUUCGCUCAUGUCAUCAUUAGAUUUGUCCUCUUCAAAUCCAACAACUGUAGUUUAAUUGAUGAAGAUUAAUUGAUUUCUAAACCAAUAAUUAGUGUUGAUUUACUGAAUACAUACAACAGCGACCAAAAGCACCAAGUGAUAUUUAGGUAUAAAUUAGUUAUGAUUUUUUGUUGGUCUGCAUUUUUUUUUUAGAAUGAGACGAACUCAUAUUAUAAACAAUUAAUAAAUAUGACUGAUUAACAAAACUAUUUCAUGACAUAUAUCUAACGGUUAUAAUAAGUAUCAAUAUUUUAAUUAACAAACACUAUACUGUUGGGUAAAAAUGCUUCAGUGUAUUAGUUUUGUAAAUAUUUCUUAAAAAGAAACUGUCUUAUCAUUUUGUUCUUAUAAUAAUGGUGCAUGUUAAAGAAAAGUUGUCCUGAUUUAUCUAAUGGUGUUCUCUCAUAGUUUUCAAAUCAUCUUGUUCUUAGUGAUUGCUUUUACUUUUUGUUAGAACAUAUUAUAGCACACUCAUUAUUACUUUUUUUUUCUCGAAAUUAUAUGUUAAUGUUAUUAAUUAUUAUUACUUUUUUUUUUUACAAUUUGUGAUUUUUUUAAAAUUUGAUUAAUUAUUUUUGAGUUUAUAACUGAAUAGUUACUAUUUUAAACUUCAUUAUUUACAAUGAUUGUGUAUUCUUUUAUUAUAGCUAAUUGUAGUUGGUGUAUGAACAUUAAGAAAAUAAUUAUAACAACCUAAUGUGUACCUUGAUGGUAGUGUUGUAUUAGUACCUAAUGUGUACCUUGAUGGUAGUGUUGUAUUAGUACCUAAUGUAAGAACAUUCAUUGUAAUGUGCAAUGUAUACUGAUGAAAUUACAUUUACUUAUUGUUCAAUGUUUUUCAAUCAGAUGUAUAUAAUUAAUAUAAAUAACAGAAUUAUUCAAAAACUUAGUUUAUAAUUAAUUAAUAAAAAUAAAACAAUUAAUAACAAUCACUAAUGUUAUGCAUGUAAAAAUCAAAUUAAAAAAAAAAAAAUACGACUGAACUAUUAUUUAUAAUUUUUCCCAUACUGAUUUAUUUUUAAUUUGUUACCUCUAUUAU